AUGUCAAAGUAUAAACUCACUAUACUAAGACAUGGAGAGGGUGCUUGGAAUAAGGAGAACCGAUUUUGUAACUGGGGGGAUCAGAAAUUUAACAGGGAAGGAGUGGAGGAAGCCCAGAACAAUGGGAAGCAACUCAGAUCGCUGAAAUUUGAGUUUGAUCUCAUAUUCACAUCCAUCCUUAAUGGGUCCAUCCACACAACCUGGCUGAUCCUGGAAGAGCUGGGGCAGGAAUGGCUUCCUGUAGAAAGUUCCUGGCAUCUGAAUGAGCAUCACUACGGAGCCUCGAUUGGGCUCAAUAGGGAGAAAAUGACUUUGAAUCAUGGUGAAGAACAGGUGAGACUCUGGAGAAGAAGCUACAAUGUGACCCCACCUCCCACUGAGGAGUCUCAUCCCUACUACCAUGAAGUCUACAGUGACCAGAGGUAUAAAUUGUGUGACGUACCCUUGGAUCAACUGCCACAGUCUGAAAGCUUAAAGGAUGUCCUGGAGAGACUCCUUCCCUUGAAUGCAAGGAUUGCACCUGAAGUACUAAAGGGAAAAACCAUUCUGAUAUCUGCUUGUGGGAAUACCAGUAGAGCACUCCUGAAACAUCUGGAAGGUAUCUCAGAUGAAGACAUUAUUAACAUUACUCUCCCUACUGGAGUCUCAAUUCUCCUGGAACUGGGUGAAAACCUGCAUGCUGUUGGGACUCACCAGUUCCUGGGUGACCAAGAGGCUAUCCGGGAAGCCAUUAAGAAAGUGGAUGAUCAAGGAAAAGUGAAAAAAGUCCCAACAUCUCCAAGUACUGGCUAG